CUUUUGUCAAGUUUUAAUCUUUGUGAAGGGUUGAAGAAAAACAUGACGAGACGAAUUUACCGUACUAUUUACGUUGGUAAUCUUCCCGGUGAUAUUCGCGAGAGAGAAGUCGAGGAUAUCUUUUACAAGUAUGGCCCAAUCGUUGACAUUGAUCUGAAGAUUCCACCACGGCCUCCUGGUUAUGCUUUUGUUGAGUUUGAAGAUGAACGUGAUGCUGAAGAUGCUGUGUAUGGCCGUAAUGGUUAUGAUUUUGACGGGCAUCGUUUGCGGGUGGAAUUUGCUCAUGGUGGUCGAGGAUCCCUAUCAUCUGACCGUCACAGCAGUUAUGGAGGCAGCAGUUAUAGGGGUGGAGCACCCAAGCACACUGACUAUAGAGUCAUGGUCACUGGACUGCCGUCAUCUGUUUCUUGGCAAGACCUUAAGGAUCACAUGCGACGAGCCGGAGAUGUUUGUUUUUCAGAUGUAUUCAAGGAUCGUCGUUAUGGUGUUGGACAAAGCUGUUCCUUUAUUGGAUAAAAUUCUCAAGCUUGGCUACCAACCCACAUUAAUCACCUAUGGCUCUAUCUUCAAAGGUCUCUGUAGGUCCGGUGAUAAUGCCGGUGCUCUCAAACUCCUCAGAAAUAUGGAGUCUUAUGGCCAUUCUAUGCCUAAUGUUGUCAUUUACAACACCAUCAUUGAUAGUCUCUGUAAAGACCAGUUAUUACCUCAGGCUCUCCGCCUUUUCAAGGAGAUGAAAGUCAAGGGAAUUUCCCCUGAUGUUGUCACCUUUAAUACCUUAAUUCGAGGUAUGUGCACUUUGGGGCAACAGAAAGAGGCCCAAGAAAUGCUGACUGAGAUGUUGGGGAACAACAUACCUCCUACCACUGAGACCUACAGCAUGUUGAUUGACAUGUAUUGUAAAGAUGGCAAGGUUGGUGGAGCAAGGGACAUCUUUGUUCACAUGACUGAAAGAGGAUUUGUUCCUGAUAUCAUCACUUACAGCGCUCUAUUAGAUGGAUAUUGUUUACGUGGUGAGAUGGAUGAGGCAGAAAAGCUUAUGGAUUUGAUGGUUGAAAAUGGUUGCAAACCUGAUGUAGUUACUUACAACAGCUUAAUCAAUGGCUAUUGCAAGUCUAAAAAUAUAGACAGAGCUCUUGGUCUGCUCCAAGAAAUGCAUUGUAACGGAUUAUCCCCUGAUGUUAUCACCUACAGCACUCUUAUAGAUGCCUUGUGCAAGGACAAUCAGCUCAAGCUUGCACACCAGUUUUUCGAGGAAAUGGAAGCUCAUGGACUAAAGCCAGAUAUAAUCACUUGGAGCUCAUUGCUUGAUGGCAUGUGUAAGAAUGGACAAAUAGAUGAGGCAAUCGCAACAUUGAAGCAAAUGGAGAAUACUGGAGUGGUCCCUAAUAUUGUUACAUACCGUAUCCUAAUAGAUGGGUUGUGUGAAGCUAAUCGCCUUACAGAAGCAGUGGACAUCUUCUCCUUUCUCACAACUAAAGGGCUACUUAAUGUGCGUGCAUAUAACAUAAUGAUUAAAGGGUUUUGUAAAGAAGGGUUGCUAGCAAAAGCCGAUGAAUUACUGAAGAAUAUGGAGGACAAUGGAUGCUUUCCAGAUGAAUGCACCUUUAAUACAAUUAUUAGAGGAUUCAUUGAUGGAAAGGACAUUAGGAGAGCAUUAGAGCUUGUCAGGUUAAUGAGAGUCAAAGAGUUUGCUGCUAAUAAUCACACUAUAUCAUCAUUUGUGGACUUACUUACUGAUCCAAAUAUUGGUGAUGCAGACAAGAAUUUGCUGAAAGAGUUUAUUGACAACUGAGUGAGCUAUAAUUAGGAGCAAAGGUGGAAGGAGCAAUGAUUAAAGCAUAUAUGAUCAGCUGUGAAAGUGAUCUGAAAACAUAUACAUCAUGAGUGAUCAUUGUAAAUUGGUUUGAAAUCAUUUACAUCACGAGUGAUCAUUGUAAAUUGGUUAUAGUUUAUUUUUCUUUUUUUUGUUGAUCGUAGGCAAACACAUUAACUCCUGUGAUUUGGAACCUAUGAAGCAAAUGUGGAUUAACCUGUAAAUUUUGUAUCCAAUUGCGGUGUUUGCUAGCCAUCUGCCACUGAGUUGCAUUUGUUUAGCUAUAUCUUAGACAUAGAUCGAUAACAGCAAUUUUGUUUACUAUGCGAAGGGGUAACCACACAUGCUGUAUACAAUGCAAUUAUUGUAUUAACAUCUGUGAUUUGGAACAUUUGAUUUUACUUCUUUUUGGACUUGCUUUUACUUGAAUGGUGCUCAUGGAAGCAGAUGUGUCUUGACCUAUUGUAUUAAUAUUUUAUGUGUGUUUACUUGGUAUCUGCAUUAGCCUUUGAAUAUUAAUGGAGCCAGAGCUCAAGC